UCAUCUGAUCAAAAAACUACUUUUCCAACAGCUUAAUGCUCACAUGCCACCAAAGACCCAGGGUUACCCAUGGCAUCUGGUGUACAGCACCGCCAUCCAUGGAACAAGCCUGAGGACUCUCUACAGGAACAUGGCUGACCUGGACAGCCCUGUGCUGCUGGUCAUUAAAGACAUGAACAAAAAGGUGUUUGGGGCUUUUUGUUCUGAUCCAUUAAAAGUCAGUAAAUAUUUCUACGGCACUGGCGAGACCUUCUUGUUUAGCUUCAACCCUGAUUUCCAGCAAUACAGGUGGAGUGGGGAGAACUCCUAUUUUGUAAACGGCAACUGGGAAUCUCUGCAGAUUGGUGGAGGAGGAGGUGGCUUUGCUUUGUGGCUGGAUGCGGACUUGUACCACGGUGCCAGCUUCUCCUGUCCUACCUUCCACAACGCUCCUCUUUCCACGCAGGAGGACUUUACUGUUCUCGACGUUGAAGUCUGGACUGUGCAGUGCUGAAGUGCAACAUCAAUUAAACAAGGAUUCCUCUCUGAGUUUCUGAUACUUCAAAACCAAAAUGGACCGCUAUAGCCACACAGAGCAUCAGCUCACACAGAUCAUCCCACGUAUAAAGCCUAGGAGACUGGUUCUGCAGGAAUGCUUUCUGGUUGGUUGAUAAGUGAUUGUUGGAGGCAGGCAGGAACAGGAACAGUUCAGUGGGAAGCUGGUAAAGGAACGUUGGAAGCAUUAUGUUGGCACUGCUUUAAUUUGAUUGUUUCAAGCAUCACAAAAAAGUCUUAAAAGACCACAUUCCAGACUUUUAAGUUUUUUUUU